AUGGUUAAAGUGUUACGAUCUGGAAAACCUCUCCUGAAGUUCCAACGAGGUCUCGAUGCAGCCGUAAUCAAGAUGAUCCCUCUAAGUGACGACUAUUCGAAGUUAGUUCUGUUGCAAGAGGAUCGUUUUCUCGAAAUGCACGCAGCGUUUGGACGAUAUUUUCGUAUGCGCAUGCCUCGAUUUGGUAGAGAUAUGGCUUUUUCGAUUGAACGAAGUGACCUCUUCCUUGUUGGUGCAAGUUCCGAAGUAUAUCGAUUGAAUCUGGAGUUGGGUGAAUGGCUUUCUCCUCUCCAAACAAAUGGAUCGGCUUUGAACUGCUGUCAGUUUGCAGACGCUCAUCAGUUGUUCGUAUGCGGCACCACUGAUGGUCAAGUUGAGGCAUGGGAUCAUCGCGAUAAGUCAAGAGUUGGAAUUCUUGAUUGUUUACCGUAUCUGCAGGAUGAAUUGAGCAAGCAUCCAGAAAUCACGUCUUUGAAGUUUCGAGAUGCUCUUCGGCUAGCCGUUGGAACUAGUACCGGGCAGGUAAUGUUGUAUGAUAUUCGAUCGCGGAAACCGCUGCUAGUAAAGGAUCAUGUAAACGGCUUACCUAUCAGGCAGAUUGACUUUGCUUUGAAGGAAACCGAAAACUUGGUCCUAAGUAUGGAUAGUCGAGUUCUCAAGAUAUGGAAUGAAAUUGGAGGAAAACCGUUUGCUGCCAUCGAAACAGAGCACGCACUGAACGAUUUCUGCCGAUAUCCUGGUUCAGGCCUAAUAUUCAUGGCGAAUGAAGCCCCUCGUAUGCUGCAGUUUUUCAUUCCUUCUAUUGGCACAGCUCCGAAAUGGUGUUCUUAUCUUGAAGCAUUGACUGAGGAAUUGGAGGAAACUCAAUCAGCUGCUGGAUGUAUGUUUACGGGAUGCGAUCUUCUACUAGACAUUGCGUCCCCUGGCGAACUUUGUUCCAGAGGGACGAGGAUAGCGGGAGUUUAUGACGAUUAUAAGUUUGUAACGAAGGAGGAGUUGGAUCAACUAAGCCUUUCCCAUUUGAUUGGAACCAAUGUGCUAAGGGCAUAUAUGCAUGGAUACUUUUUGGAUCGAAGACUCUACGACAAGGCACAACUUAUUACGCAACCAUUUGCCUAUGAGAAGUAUAAAAACAGGAAAGUCCAAGAUAUUAUGCAUCAGGAGCGUGAAAAUAGAGUUAUUGUUAACAAAGCGGAAUUGAAUCAGCCGAAGGUGAAUAAAGAACUCGCGGCUCGUUUACGUGCGGAGGCAGAAGCGGCAGCUGAAAAUGCCGUCAAUAAAUCAGCGAAGAAGAAAAAGAACGAGAAAAAGAAGGCGUCUACAGCGGCCGUUAUUCUUCAAGAUGACCGCUUCAAAAAGUUGUUUGUUGAUGAAGACUUUGAGGUAGGUGAAUUUGGGUUGAAUGAUGGUGUAGUGUGUGAAGACGACCUUGAUCUGAAUUUCGAUCAGUGA